GUGUGUGCGCGUGCUUGUGUGAGAGAGAGAGGAAGAGAGAGGGAGAGUGUGCAUAAUGUGAAUAAUUCAGAAACAUACAAUUAAUUCAGGAUAAAUUGAAGCUGGGCAAAAUUGCAUAAAAAAACACACACACAAAUUAUAAUAACAAUUAUAGUUUAACGUUGAAAAUAUGAUAAUUACGAGCAUAUUGCAUUAAUGAGAGCUAUUUCCAACGCAAAUCAAGAGCAGCCAAGUCAACAAGCUAAGCAAAAAGAACUGUGUAAGCAAUGACAUCCAGCAACUGGUGAUAUUGCCACCAUCACCACAAGCACCUCAAAUCAACCGCAAAUAACUAAACAGCUCUAACAGCAACAUCAAUAAGGAUAGCACGCAGCCUGCAAGGCUCACUAAGGCUCCAACAAAAUGGCAAGCGACACACACAACAACUAUAGCAAGAACAGCAACAAUAACAACAAGAACAGCAACACAAACAACUUACACACAAAGUGGCGACAGGAUGGCAAACCUCAUCCUCUGGCACCCUCGCCAUUAGAUAUGUACUGGCUGCUGUUGAAUGUACUCCUGCUGCUGCUGCUGUUAGUGCUGCCUGGUGGCAUAGACGCGUUCUGCCCCUCAAAGUGUCAAUGUUUGGGCGGUGAUGCGAACAGUCGUGCCCUGUGCAUCGAUGCGGCACUGGAGGAUGUGCCCAUCCAGCUGAAUCCGGAGACAAAGUACAUUAAUCUGACACUGAAUCGCAUACGCAAUCUGGAGUUCACGCUGCCUUUCUACAUGAAACUGGAAGUGCUCGAUCUCUCGCAAAACAUCAUCGAGACGCUCGGAUCCAAGAACUUCGAGUAUCAGACGGAGCUGCGCACUCUAAAUUUGAGCAGGAAUCUGGUGAGUGCGUUGCACAAGCACGCUUUCAAGGGACUCACAAAUCUGCUGCUGCUCGACUUGAGCUACAAUCGCAUUGAGACAGUGCAUCCAACGGCACUCGGAGAUCUGGCUGCCCUCGUCGAGCUGGACUUGACCAACAACAAUAUUGUGAGUCUCGAGGAUAACUGUUUCAAGGGCAUGCCAUCGCUGGAGGUGCUCGUGUUUCGCAACAAUCGCCUGCUAGAUGUGCCCGCCACAAAUCUGUGGCAUUUACAUGCCCUGAAGAGUCUAGACAUGUCCGAUAAUCUUGUUGAGUUCGUGCGCAACGAUAGCUUUGAGGGCCUAAAGGAGCUUCUGGCAUUGAGUGUGCGUGGCAACGUGAUGAGCGAACUGGAUGCGGGCGCCUUUGAAGGACUCAUCUCGCUGAAACAUUUGGAUCUAUCGGAUAACAAUUUGACGAUGGUGCCCACACAGCAGCUCUCGAAACUUUCAAAUCUCACUUAUUUGAACUUGGGCGGCAAUCGUUUUGCCCACUUGCCCGCCGUCGCAUUUUUAAACUUGUUUCAUUUGCGCGAGUUGCAUUUGAGCCGCCUCGACUAUUUGCAGCGCAUCGAUUCGAGAGCCUUUGUGGACAAUACACACUUGCAGACACUGCAUUUGAACUACAAUCCCCAGCUGAGUGAUAUACCGAUGCGACUGUUCCAGGGCAAUCCCAAUAUACUGGAGGUGUACAUGCAAAGCAACAGCUUGCAGACUCUGUACUCGGCUCAGUUUCCGGUGGAUCAGUUACAGAAACUCUAUCUGGGCGAUAAUCCGUUGCAGUGCAACUGUUCGCUGCUCUGGCUCUGGCGUCUGGUGACUGGUAAUUUCGAGGGCUCCGAACCACCAAUGGAGCAUGUGCCGGGCGGAGCUGUAGCCGCCCUCGCCAAAGAGGCGUCGGCUCUGCGAGAGGAUGACGAUACCACAAUCAGAGCGGACGAUGGCGUGUCUGCCCUAGCAGCUUAUAUAGCCGAACAGCAUAUUGCGAAUGCCCUGCAAACCACCGAACCGAGCGCCUAUGAGCAGCGUUUGGAAGAAGCCUCCAGAUCCAGUUCGAGCAGCAGUUCUGGUUACCUGCGCAUGGACAAACAGCGGAUCGGUUGCGAUAUCUGGCGGGAUGCGAAGCGCACACGACGCCAGCUGCUGUCGAUGAGCGAGGGUGAGAUCACGUGUCCGGCGCACAUUGUGACCGUGGUGUGUGCCGUCAUCACCUGCCUGGUGGUGGUCACGAUUGGCUUCAGUGUGCUCUACUAUUUGCGCUUUGUGAAGCGACGACGCAAGCUGCUCCACGAGCGGGGACCGUUGAGGACGAGCAAGAGCAUCAUCAAUGUGCACGAUCGCAUCCUGCAGGGACACCACCAUCAGCCAGGCAUGAGCAUGACUUUGGGUGGGUCCGGUGUGGGUGGCAUGGGCAUGCCCCUCAACUAUCCACAUCAUGCGCAAACGUUGCAGGCGCAUCAUCAUUACCACCAGGCAAUGCCGCUGCAAUCGCAAGGUGGCGUUGGUCAUGAGUAUCAGCAGACGACGCUGCCGCAGCUGGACAAGCUGGAGCUGGAACGGUAUCUGGCGGCACAGACCAUUGCCAACGAGUAUCGAGCGCUCAAGCCGUGGGAGCUGCCCGUCAAGGAGGCGGACGAUGAGCCAGAGCAUCACUACGAGCGUUUCGAUCACUACGAUUAUCCCGAUACGCAUACCAUGACCAAGCUGAAGCAGGCGGCGGCGCUUCAGGGCAGCGCUCAAGCGGCUCAAGCUUCGGCAUCUACUGCUGCGAACACAAAGCCACAUGUUGUCUACGUAUGACGUGGACGCAGUAUUGGUUCUGGCAUUCAAAAGCAUCAGCAGCUGCAGCAGCAGCAGCAGGAGUCGAAGGAUCAGGACAUGGGCAUGGAGCUGAUGGGUUUGGGUCUGACGAAUAACAACUAUCGUAGCUAUGUGCAAUGUCAGAGCAAGGACUUUUGAAGACAGGGAUAUACGCAGCAGCAGCAGCUCAUCAAGUGAGAUUAGAUUCGUAUCUUUUGUGUUCUUAUGUGAGGUUAUAUUUAGCUACCUUUCUUUGGGUUGAGUUAGAGUUUUGAUAACUCGCAACAAAGUUGAACAAGCGUCAAAUGAAACAAGGGAUAUGUCUACGUGUAUAGCA